AUUGACAGUCGCGCCAGCCAAUAGCGCGGAGCCGCGGCGGCGCGCGUCCCGCGCGGGGCGGGGUUCCGGCGCGCGGGGCAGGAAGAGCUGAGGCGGCGGCGGAGGAGGAGGAGGAGGCUGAAGGAUGUCUUCAGGUGCAUUAUUUCCAAGCCUGGUGCCAGGCUCUCGUGGCUCCUCGAGCAAAUACCUGGUGGAAUUUCGGGCAGGGAAGAUGUCCUUGAAAGGCAGCACUGUAACUCCAGACAAGAGAAAAGGCCUCGUUUACAUCCAGCAAACCGAUGAUUCCCUCAUUCACUUCUGCUGGAAGGACAGGACUUCAGGCAAUGUGGAGGAUGAUUUGAUUAUUUUUCCUGAUGACUGUGAGUUCAAGAGAGUCCCACAGUGCACCACAGGCCGUGUGUAUGUAUUGAAGUUCAAGGCAGGAUCAAAACGACUCUUCUUCUGGAUGCAGGAGCCGAAGACAGACAAGGAUGAGGAGCACUGCCGUAAGGUGAACGAGUAUCUCAACAAUCCCCCCAUGCCAGGGGCAUUGGGUGGGAAUGCCAGCGGAGGCCACGAGCUCUCAGCACUGGGAGGUGAGGGUGGCUUGCAAAGCCUUCUUGGAAACAUGAGCCAUAACCAGCUCAUGCAGCUGAUCGGACCAACGGGCUUAGGAGGACUUGGUGGGCUGGGUGCACUGACGGGACCUGGGCUGGCCAGUCUGCUUGGGAGUGGGGGACCUCCAACCAGCAGUUCAUCAUCAAGCUCUCGCAGCCAGUCGGCUGCAGUGACUCCAUCUUCCACGACUUCUUCCACCCGUGUAACGCCGGCCCCGUCCGUUCCUGCGGCUGCCUCGGUGACCAGCCCCAGCCCCGUUCCCAGUUCGGGUAAUGGAACCAGCUCAGCCACAAGCCCAACCCAGCCCAUUCAAUUGAGUGACCUUCAGAACAUUUUAGCUACUAUGAAUGUGCCAUCUGGAGCAGGAGGACAGCAAGUGGACCUGGCAGCUGUUCUGACUCCCGAGAUCAUGGCUCCCAUCCUGGCCAAUGCUGAAGUUCAGGAGCGAUUGAUGCCUUACCUUCCCUCAGGGGAAUCCCUGCCGCAGACUGCGGAAGAGAUCCAGAACACCCUGACGUCUCCUCAGUUCCAGCAGGUUCCUGGCACUGUUGAGAGUGGGAAGUUGCUCAGUAGAAGUGGAAAGAAGGAGGGAUAUGGUUUAACAGUUCUUCCUGCAGUCACUCAAGGGCAGAUGGGAAUGGUUUUUACUUUUUCUUUUGGAGUUGGGCUUUACCUUUUUCUUUAUUAUAAAUGUGCUCUGGCAGAUGACAGGAGAAGUAGCAAAUUCAUAGUUCCCUUUCACCAAAUGGCUCCUUAAUUUCAGACUAAAGGGAAGAGAUUCUCAUGGUUACUACACUACAUCCCUUGAAACACCAGUUCUUAAUUGCAGGACACUGUGUGUGAUAAAAAUUGGUGUCUUAACAGACCAAUCUGAACUAGUAAUUUACACCAAUUGAUUGAAAUUUGUCCAUUUGAAAAAUUGCAGGCGCUUAAAUGACUGGUUUAAACUGUAGCAACUUCCAUGCAAAAGGAAGUGAGGGACAUGUAAUUGGUGAUUAUUUUAUUGCAUAUCUGUUCCCAAGCCCUGCCCUGACAGGACUGCUCUCCUCCUGGGGUUUUUGCUGCAGGGAUCUGAUGAAAACUUUAUUUUGAUGCUCUUGACUC